CCUGCUGCCUUUUUUGUGUUUUAUCUAAUUAUGCAUGCUUUUAGUGAGCAUCACGAUUAUAUUGUUCCGAUUAUUUUCUCAGGGUGAAUUUAGACCAGUUAAGCCUUAUAACCACCGUUAUCAGAUGCCACAGAGAGCAUCUGGUAGUAGUAGUACCUCUCAUUUUUUGUAGUCCAUCAAGAGAGCUUCUGCAUAUAUAAUUUUCACACUAGGUUAUAUCGUGUUUUACGCUCAUAUUUUGUGGCUUCCCAGGCUUUAUGCCUGGUCUUCACUGUUGAGGGCAUCAGGCCUUUAUUUAGUGAAAAAAAUGGUUUGUCUCUGGAGUGCUUCAGCUGUUCUUGGUUGAUCGUUGGGAUUUUUUUUAUGAAAGCGAAGUUAUCAUGGAAGCUAGGGCAAAUGCCCGGUCAAGGUUUUGAAAAUGAUGUGAAACAACAAUGAAAUCACUUGUUAAGGAUGAUACGGUGUUUGAACUUUGAACUAUAAUAUACGGCGCAGACACAUCUCUAUCUAUUCGAAAACUUUGCUUUGAAGGGAAAUACACUCCACAAAACAAAUGGCUUGAAAAGGAGCUUCCAAAGUGAACAGGACGGAGACACCAAGGUUUAUUGUUGUGAUGCAUUGUCCGCUGUAUAAUAAUUAUGCACACCAUUACAUAGAAGGGGAAACCAUGGGAGUAAUUUAUGAGAAAUGGUUUGUGGAGUUCAGAGGGAGAUGUUGUCUUUGUCAUGUUCAUGCUUAUGAACGAUCUGCAAGUUCAUUAUCUCCUAAUACUCCUAUCAACCCAGCUCUCAACUUUAUGGAAAAUUUUGACUAGUAAUGCGAGAGGAUGUGUUGGAUUUAAAGUUCUAAUGCAAAAGUGUGUCUCUUGCUUGAAAAUAGUGAAGUGUGGUUGUCAUUUGUGAUCUAACACGAAAUCACAUUCUAUUAUGUUUCAAUCGCAGGAAUGUGUAUCUAGUAUUGCUUACAAUGUUAUGAACUGCUUAUGUACCCGCAUUAGUGAUCAAUCUGCCCCAGCUUACAUAACCAUUGGCAAUGGAGGAAAUUUAGAAGGAUUAGUAACAGAAAUGACAUUGCCACAGUCAAGCUACUCAGCUUAUCACGAAGCCAGCUUUGAUCAAAGCAUUUUAGACAUAAAGAACAGGAUUCAUGCCUAUUUUUGCUGGCAUCGAAGUCAAAAUGGUUAUGCUGUUGAAGCUGAUUCUAUAUUUCUAUGUGGUUGGUUGCUCAAUAGAUACUUCAACCCCUUAGAGAAUACUUCCAUAGCUGCAGUAUGAUUGGCACAACCAUUCUAUAUACAGACAGCUCUUUAGUCUUGCAUAUAUUAAUAUUUUCGGGAUUUUUUGUCAUGAUAGUUUAGCUGUAAUAGUAAGUAUAUUGCACUGACAAAACAUGAGUAUAUUAUAUAUGAAUUUAGCUAGUUUAGAUGA